GGUUGGUAGGUUGGCUGGCUGGCAUCAUAACCCCGGACGGCCAAGGCAAGACCAUAUUAAUCUCAGGUGUGACAGUAACAUCACUCCAGAUUCAAUCUUGAUUGUGAUUUCGUGUGAUUGGUACAAAUGAUCUGAAUCUGGUUGGGUUGAGUGGGACAUUUUGAGUUUGGUGAUUAUGUGAAAAGAGGACCAAUGACCUAAAAAAGAAAAGUGUUACUAUUUGUUUUGGCACAAUAGGAUGAGAGAAAUUAGCUGAGCCAAAAUUGCUGCUGUUCAGACAAAGCUCCUCACCCUUCUCACAAGGACUCGUUCAAUGGCCAUUAUCUCUGUCAAGGGCAAGAAACCAAUCAUUCCACAGCCAAGGACAAGAAACUGAUGUCUCUACAUCACCGUUCCAAAUUAAGCCACCUUCUUAUAUGAUCCCAACCACAUUGAAGUGCCUCUUUCUCUCUUCCUUAUUAGGCCUCAAAUUCAACCAACACAACAGAAAUAGAUUCAUUUUCUCUUGGUUGAAUUUCCCUUCAUCCAUGCAAAAACCUAAGGCCGGCGAAACUCCAAGCUCCGGCCAGCCGACUAGGCUACAUCUCUGAUCCUCGAUGUCGUCUAAUUCUUCAUCAUACCCAACAACUCUAUCAAUUGGCUCACCGGCAAUAGCCCUACUUGUAACCGUAAUUCUUCUUGUGCUCUUCUUUAUAGGUUUCUUCUCUAUAUGCUUUUAUAGAUUUUUUAUGGAAGGCAUCGUCCACGGUUGGCAUCUCAGGCAGAGUUCACUUGGCCUUGUAAAUCCGGCUAGUUCAAAAGAGAAUCCCGGACUUGAUUCUUCACAAAUACAACUUUUUCCAACAUUUACAUAUUCAAGCGUCAAAGAUUUUCGACGCGAACAACACGGACUUGAAUGUGCAAUUUGCUUGGCAGAGUUUUCCGAUGAAGAUCUAGUACGCCUUUUAACGGUUUGCUACCAUGUUUUCCACCAAGAAUGCAUUGAUCUUUGGCUUGAAUCCCACAAAACAUGUCCAGUUUGUCGUAGAGAUCUUGACUUGCCUAAGGAAGCAUUGGAAAAGGCUCGGAUAGGAGAUCACCGAGCGGACAUUAAUGUGCAUGAUACUAAUGAAACAAAUGUAUUGCUAGAGCAUGCCAUUAGCAUUCAUGUUAGCGAAGAUAGUGGCGAGGAAGGUAGAGAAGGACAUGGUAGAGGAAGCUCGACUCAGGAUGUGGACAGACAAAACGAAGGGCAUGAAAAGAUAUUGGGAAUGUCAAGGUCACACUCGACAGGGCACUCAAUUCUAGCAACUAGAGAAGAAGAGGAUAGAUAUACUUUGAGAUUGAUGGAACGUGUGAAGGUAAAAAUUACAAGGGGGCAUUGUGCAACAGGAAGUUGUAUUACGUUUGGGGACUACUCAGGCCCUAUGAAUGAUGGCCAUGGAGGCUUCUCAGGGUGGUCGCAUGGAGGCAUCAAAAGAGAAUAACGCUUCUAUUAUGCUCUCCUUUCUUCCUUUUCUAGCACAACAUUUUGAUUACAUUAUUUUGUACUUUUUGAUCAGUCUAAAAAAUUAUACAGAAUUUAUUCAAAGUUGGCUUGCCGUCAUUCUGCUGUUUGUAGGCCUCAGAAAAAUGCUUAGAUACGAGCUUAUUGAUUCCCUGUCAAAACCGGAUUAAGGUAUUUAGCUUGCUCUCUUGUUGCCGUUGCCUUAUAUAUAGUCAAAUCUUUCCUCUUAUGAA